GCCAUUCUCCUCUACGAGAGAAACACCAGUAAUUGUUGCUUUCUCUCUCUCUCUCUCUCUCUCUGUGUGGCUGUCUCAAACCCGCAGAGGCCGGGGGAAGAGGAAUCUCAGAAGUGGGUCUCUAUCAGUGCCGGGUGGAGGUGGAGAGGUUGCCACCACCCAGGAAAUUCUUCUUCUAUCUGCCAUUGUGCAGCCAUAGCUUGUUUUCCGCCUCCCUUCUUUGCUCCCCAAAAGACUUUUCCUGCAAUCCAGCUCUCUUUCUCUCCCUCUUAAGCCUCAUCUACUACUUCGAUAAGGAGAGGGAGAUAAUGAAAUAAGAGAGAGGCAAAAGAGUGUGAGAGAUUUUUUGGAUUAGGGUUAGUUGUGUUUGUGUUUUCUCUCUUUCUUCACCAUAUUGCGUCUUAUUUAACCCUGCCUGUGUUCCAUUCUUCCAUUCUUCCAUUCUUCUAUUCCUCAGCCCUUUUCUCUUCUCGCUUGUGGGGUUACUUCUUUUGGCCUUGUUCAUUCUCUCUCUCUCUCUCAUCUUCCUUUAAAACCUUGGGAUCUGACCUGUUCAGUAGUUAGACGACAAGAAGCUCAGACAGACAAGACAGAGAAGGGACACACCAAUUUUUUAUCUUUGAAAAAGUACAAAACUGUCUUUGAUUGGAGUGGGAGAGUGCAGGUUCAACUCCCAAGGAUUUUUGCUGUUUGCCCUUCUCUUCUUCAUCUUUCAUCUUCAUCUUCUUGUCUGCCUGGUUUACCACCAUUGUCCCUGUAAAGUACCUAACUCUAAAGUUGGGUAGUUCGAACAUUUUCGGCAAAAGAUUUGUCGUUUUAGAAUCUCCACGAAACAGGGCUGAGUUGACCCAGAUCCAAGAAAGAGCUUUAAUCAUCAGCACUACAGCAUCCAAAUCAUCAAAUAAGGAGUCCACAGAGAUUCAAAGCCGUCUUCUCCUUCUUUGAUCUGUUAUACUCAGUGGGAGAAUAUGAAUACUUUUUCACAUGUUCCCCCAGGUUUCCGGUUCCAUCCAACAGAUGAAGAGCUAGUGGAUUACUACCUUAGAAAAAAAGUUGCUUCAAGAAGGAUUGACUUAGAUGUCAUUAAAGAUAUUGAUCUCUAUAAGAUAGAGCCAUGGGAUCUUCAAGAAAAAUGUAGGAUAGGAACUGAAGAGCAGAAUGACUGGUACUUCUUUAGCCAUAAAGAUAAGAAGUAUCCAACUGGAACUCGCACUAAUAGAGCCACAACAGCUGGAUUUUGGAAAGCAACAGGAAGAGAUAAGGCUAUUUACUCUAAGCAUAAUUUGGUCGGGAUGCGAAAGACCUUAGUCUUCUAUCAAGGUCGAGCACCCAAUGGACAAAAAUCAGAUUGGAUUAUGCAUGAGUAUCGACUGGAAACAAAUGAAAAUGGAGCACCUCAGGAAGAGGGCUGGGUUGUUUGUAGGGUGUUCAAGAAGAGAGUUACAGCUAUGCAGAAAAUGAGAGAACAUGAGUCUCCAUGUUGGUAUGAUGAACCAGUGUCAUUCAUUCCAGAACCUGAUUCACCAAAGAGGAUUGCUCAGCCCGAUAUGGCAUACCAGCUCCACCCAUACUCCUGCAAGCAAGAACUAGAGUUGCAGUAUCAAAUGUCACAUGGCCCCUUCCACCAGCUCCCUCAAUUAGAGAGUCCAAAAUUUCCACAUUCAGCAGCUAGUGGUAGUUGCAGUUCUGUGGCUGCAUAUGGCCUUGAUGUUAACCAUGGAAGCACUUUGCAAUCUUCAUCACUCACACAGGAAGAACAGAUGCAGCAAAGCCAUCAACAUGAUAUGAACUCACUUUAUAAUAACAUCAAUGAGCAAGCAGUGGAUCAAGUGACUGACUGGCGGGUUCUGGAUAAGUUUGUUGCCUCUCAGCUUAGCCAAGAAGAUGUUUCCAAAGAACGCAACUACUCCAAUGAAGUCAAUCAUGUCUUUAAUGUGUCCGAUCACAUGAACAUCCUUCUUCGGCAAUCUAAUAAGCAAGAAGUGGUACCAGAUUACCCUUCGACAUCAACCUCCAGCUGCCAAAUUGAUCUGUGGAAGUGAAAUCUGUUACAGUUACACAACAAUAUAUACUGAUUAUAGGAACUACAAUUAAGAAGGAAAAAAGAAACCACGUUUUAGAUUCCUGUACAUAAUAAAACUAAAAUGGUGAAACUUAGCUGUUGGGCUUCUGCUUACUCUCUUUGUAAUAUUGUCUGCAUGUAAUGGACUUUAUUAUAUUGUCCAUGUGGGAUCAACUGGUUCUCGAUUCGUAGAAUGAUUUUCCUUUUGUUUGUAGUAAUUUUUAAGGAUGUUUUUCGGUUUC